CUUACUCCGGAAGGAAGCAACACCCUCCGGGUGUGUUGUUGCUGUGAAAUGCUGUGAAUUAGAACUUCUCUAAAAAUCUAAACUGUCACUCUUAUCAAGUCGGUGUGUCAAAUCGUUUCCAGCUAGGGUCAUUAGCGAGUAUUAUUUGGAGGGAUUCCAUUGAAGAGUUAAAGUAUGUCUGUCUUUUAGAUGGGGUAUAUGAAAGUAGAGGAGCACACCCCCAACAUGUUACACCUGAAGAGAUCACCUGGGAUCCGCUCAUGGUCACUACUUGUUGGUAUUGCAUCUAUUGGCCUUGCUGCUGCAUACUACAGCUCAGACAGUAUCCUCUGGAAGUUGUUUUACUUGACAGGCUGUGUGUUUGUGGCCAUGCAAAACAUGGAGGAGUGGGAAGAGGCGGUGUUUGAUAAAGCCAAUAACUUGAUAGAGUUGAAGACCUUCAGUCUGUAUGCCCUGAUUCUCACCAUGUGGCGGAAAGGCCAGGAAAAAGUGGUGCUGGACAUGAGGCACCUGCGUGAUGUGUGUGUUCAGGAGGAGAAGGUGCGCUACCUAGGGAAGGGCUACCUGCUAGUGCUGCGGCUGGCCACAGGUUUCUCAUACCCCCUCACACAGAGUGCCACCAUGGGGGGACGCAGUGAUGUGGAGGCUGUGGCUUUGUUGCUCAAACGUUUCCUGGGUCUUGAGGAGCUCAAGCGUCGCAGGGAGCAAGAGUCAGCUAGGGAGCAAGAGGAGGACGAUGAACUGGACCUCAGCAGUGACUCAGAAAAAGAGGGGGACUUUGCACCCUCAAUUCAGUAGAAAAACAUAUGAGGACUCUAGACAAGAAAUGUUCCCCAAAACAAUACUUCUUUCCCAGAAUGUCUUAAGAUAAUUCCUGAUACUGUAAAUUACCUUACAUUCUUUGUAGUCGUCUUUUUUCCACAGUAGACUUACACUAAAUCAUAGUUUGGUGAAUGGCCUGUUCUUAAAAAACAAUAAUCAGUACUGUAUAAUUACUGAAUUACAGACUAAUCCCCAUGAUUACAGUGCCUUUCUAUUUUGAAGUAAUCAGUAUUUGUGUGAAACGCUCGUUUAAACAUUCCCACAGUUACAAGGGACAUAUUGGUGUGUUUGAGGCCACCCACAUAAUAAUCUCACGCAUGUCUGUAAUCACUGCAAUCAUCCAUCUACCUGUAUGCAUGUGAACAUGCAUUAUAACCAAAGCAUGAAGGAUUUUCAGGGAUCAGUAAAUAGCCUUUUUUAUAUGAAAAUAUACUUGCAUGUUCAUGUGUCUGUCAGCAAUCACAGGUCCUGUCGAGAUUUGCAAACAUUUCCAGAAAGAAGCUAGAAUCCAACAGUUUUUAUAACUAGAGAUUCAAUCAGGCCCUAUGUGCGAACAAGGCAACAUCAAAUAUUGUCCCCUAAGCAUAAUGAAGAAAACCCUAAUGUCAAAUGGUACCUAUUUAUGACCACAUUUCAGAUAUUUGGUCUUUGGCCAUCUAUGGCAAAAUGCAUAAUUCAUCCAAGUGGUCCAAAUCGGCCAAGUGUUGUGUGAGAACAUGUUGGUGAUCUAGACUCUCAUCCCUGAGUGUGUAAUAUACAAUCACUCAAUUCAAAUAGAUCAAGAGAGAUGCCACCGUGUGAUUGAUAAGAAUGUUCUUAGCAUUAUGCUGACUCUUGAGAAUAUUUGCAACAGGUGUAUAUAUAUAUGCCAGGUGUUGUAAUGUUAUUAUUGGUAAUAUUAUUUGUUACUGAUUGUAUGCAUUGAUUUGCUAGACCUCUCUGUUUGUUUAUUGGUUAGUGGUGGGCAUGCGUUAGGUACUAACCGGAAAAAUACUGUCGAGACACAUCUGUCCAUUGCUUCAAGACUUGUGCAGAUUAGGUCAUUUAUUGUUUUAGUUGAGCAACCUAUGCACUCAAUCUUAUGACUUCAGUACAAAUUAGAUAAGGGAUAUGACCUCAGGAAAUUCACAUUUUCAUUUGCUUUUUAUAGCGCCACCACUGGGUUAGUAGGUAUAAUUUUGUAAAUACCAAAUUCUAUGGCGAGACAUCCUUUACCCACAUUCCUGUAAAAUCAGGGCAGUCAGGUAUAUAUAGUGGGACAGAGAUAUUGUGGGACAAACAUACACAGGUACAAAGAUAAAUCUUAAGUCCCCUCCCCAAUUUCACUAUGGUGGACAAUGAAAGACCAGACUUGGGGAACGUUCUUGCCGAUGUGUAUGUCUGACAAGUUUACUGUAAUGCAUCUGGAGU